CAAAAAAUAACAUUUUUCCAAAAUAAUAAUUAUUAUAAAUUGUGAUAAUUAUAUUAUAUAAUUGUGAUAAUUAUACAUAUAUAGCGUUGCCAUAUAUAUUGCGCGCAGAAAGGAGUGGUGAGAUGUUUAAUGGGAAGGGGAACAACGAAGCUGACGACACAGGCAUAUAUACCAGAAGUAUCAUUCUGUUGAGUGGCAAAAACGAGGAAACAUUGAUCACCUUUGCUACCGACUACACUCUUUAAGUAAAACUCCUAAUACCGUGCCUAAUAGUGUCCGCUAAAACAAUGAAGUUGCUAGUCGUGUCUCUAGUCUUUGUGACGACGAUCGCUGUUGCGAGAACACAAAGAUACACGGCCAAACCAGGUUCGUGUCCACCUGCCUUACCUGUGCAGUUCUGCGGUCGAUCCUGCUACGUUGACGCACACUGCACAGGAAUCGGCAAAUGUUGCCCGACCCGAUGCGGCGGUUCCAUUUGCUCCAUGCCUGUCACGAUGACGCAACCUACCCAGACAGAGAAACCAGGAGCUUGCCCAUCAAUACCGACGGGAAGAUGGGUAUGCUCAUCAACUUGUAAUGGCGACAACGAUUGCAAAGGGACCUUAAAAUGCUGCAAAAACAGAUGUGGAGCUCUAGCUUGUCAGAAGCCAGAGAUUGAAGCAGUUAGAUCCGACGAAGCUCCAAUUCAACCGAUUGGUCUGCGCUUCGGAAACGAUUACACCGAUUACUAUUCCUAAUCUCGAUUUUAUAUAUGCCUAUUACAUUUGUAAUAAUUAAUAUAUCCAGCACUGAGUUCAUAAUUAUUAUGUUAUUGCAUAAUAAAAUAAUUAUAGUAAUAAUCAA